ACUAUUUUUGUGGGAUAAUCUCUUCAGGAAGGAGUCACUACAGAAUCCAAGAGACAUGUGGGUCGUCCUUUCCUUGCUUCUAGCCCUUUCCAGUGGCGCUCCACCUGAGGACAAACUCAACAUAUGUAUGGAUGCCAAACACCACAAAGUAAAGCCUGGCCCUGAGGGACAACUUUACAGUCAGUGUUCUCCCUGGCGUGACAAUGCAUGUUGCACAGCCAACACCACCACAGAAGCGCACAACGAUAACUCCUACCUGUACAACUUCAACUGGAAUCACUGCGGUAUUAUGAGCCCCCAGUGCAAGAGACAUUUCAUCCAGGACACUUGCUUCUAUGAGUGCUCACCACACUUGGGACCCUGGAUACAAAAAGUGGAUCAGAGCUGGCGUAAGGAGCGUAUCUUGGAUGUGCCUCUGUGUAUGGAGGACUGCCACGAUUGGUGGGAAGACUGCAAGAAUGAUUUCACUUGCAAGACUGAUUGGCAUAAGGGAUGGGACUGGAGCUCAGGUAUUAACAAAUGCCCCGAAGGCAGCAAGUGCACAAAGUGGACUGAAAUUUACCCCACACCCAAGUCCAUGUGCGAACAAAUUUGGUCCAACUCCUACCUUUAUACCACUUACACCAAAACCUCAGGCCGUUGCAUGCAGCUCUGGUUCACCGGGCCAAACCCCAACAAGAGGGUAGCUGAGUACUACCUCAACAACGCACAGCAACACCAAAGCUUUGCCUUGACAACAAUGCUUUUCCUGGCAGUUGCAUCUUUCUCUGUGAUGAUGUACUAA